AUGAACCCAGCACCCGUCGCCAACCCAGACGCGGUAGCUGAACCAGCGCUGAUCGGAUCUCGCGCCCAAUUCCGCGAAGCGCUUGCUGCACGCGACACCCUAGUUAUGCCAGAAGUUCAACUCGAAGAACGAGCCAGCAGCAGCGGCGGCAAAGGAGGAGGCAAGGGUGGAAAGGGCACUGGUGGAAAAAACACCACCGAAAGCGCGGCGUCCGACAUGCUUUCACCAAGUCGCGCUCUGCAGAUCACUGCACUGGGUCUGGGCGUUGUGGAGGUUGUGAGACUCUGGGGUUAG